AUGGCCAAUUCAAGCAGCCUCAAUCGAGCGAUUGAAAUAGUCCAAAAAGCUGUUGAAGAAGACUCGAAUAAGAAUUACCAUGAAGCGCUGAAGUAUUACAUGCUAGCCUUGGAACUUUUCAUGUCGGCGUUGAAAUAUGUGAGGAAUGACAAAACCAAUGCCUUAGUACGAGUCAAAGUUGAUGAAUAUCUUUCUCGGGCAGAGUUAUUGGAGAAGCAUCUCACAUCGCAAAGUGAAGUGCGGGGCGGGAAGUCUGCUAAUGUCGUCGGUUCUGGAGGCGCUAGCGCUCUAGGGAAACGCACGUCCCGAAGGAAAAAGGACGACGAAGAUGAUCAAGACAUGGAAGUCAAGAAACUGCGGGCUGGGCUUUCUAGCGCUAUUCUUUCCGAGAAACCCAACGUCCACUGGGAUGAUGUCGCCGGUCUAGAAGGCGCCAAAGAUUCGUUGAAGGAAGCCGUAAUUUUCCCCGUGAAAUUUCCCCAGCUUUUCACCGGUAAACGCACUCCAUGGAAAGGUAUAUUAUUGUAUGGUCCUCCGGGAACUGGCAAGUCAUAUCUCGCCCAGGCUGUGGCCACGGAAGCCAAGUAUACCUUUUUCAGCAUUAGUUCCAGCGAUCUAGCCAGUAAAUGGCAAGGAGAUUCUGAGAGGCUCGUCAAACAGCUGUUCGAGUUGGCGCGCGAGUCAAAACCUUCCAUCAUUUUCAUCGACGAGAUCGAUUCUCUGGCUCGCUCUCGAAAUGAAGGCGAGUCUGAAGGUUCAAGGCGAAUCAAGACAGAACUACUGGUGCAGAUGAACGGCGUUGGGCAAGAUAACACCGGGGUACUGGUUCUUGGUGCGACAAAUAUUCCGUGGCAGCUAGACAGUGCAAUCAAGCGUCGGUUUGAAAAGCGAAUACAUAUCCCUCUUCCCGGUGUUGAGGCUCGACGACGGAUAUUCCAACUUCACGUCGGUUGUACCCCUUGCGACCUCACAGCCAAAGACUAUUGGAUGUUAGCCGAUAGAACCGAGGGUUAUUCCGGUUCUGAUAUCUCCGUCGUCGUCCGUGACGCGCUGAUGCAGCCUGUGCGCAAGGUGAUAGCAGCGACGCACUUCAAGCGCGUUGAGACAAAGUGGACACCGUGUUUUCCUGGUGAUCCUAAUGCUGUAGAAAAGACAUGGUCAGAGCUGGAAUCACACGAACUGAAAGAACCCCCGUUGAAACUGAAUGACUUUUUGAAGUCCUUAGAGAGCGUGCCGCCUACUGUUAGCGAGGCUGAUACGCGGCAACACGCUGAGUGGACAAAGGAGUCUGAUAAUGAUGGCGCGUAG